UAUGAAUGUUGGUUGUAUCAUUAUUCGUGAAACCUUUUUAUUGUGAUUUUUUUUUUGUUGUUUAUUAGUAUGUAAAUUAAUAACGUCGAUAAACAUGAUAUAAUGUUAAUAACGAUUUUAAUGAACAUGCAGCGAAUAUUCACUGAUAAAAGCGUAUGCCAAACAAUCGAUAGGGCCGCAUUCGAUUAUACUUAUAAGGUAUCGACAUAUAACAAUUCAAUUAGUCGUAAUAAGAUUAGAGGAGACGAGCGUUUUAAGUUUACAUGCGUUAGUAUAGAACGAGGAGUCGCUGUUAGGAUACGUUUUAUUUUGUGCUAAAAUGCCACCAAAAAGCGAUCCCGAACUGCAAGAGCUCAGGAAGGAGCUCGAAGAUAUUUAUAACAAUUUAAAAGAAUCGCAAGAAAAGCAAGCCGAUGUGAAGCUACAGGAGACGUGCAGUAGCGUCAGUGAUCCUCCGAAAGUAAAACUAUCAACGAAGAAAAUGUUGAAGGGUCACAUCAACAAGGUGAAUUCUGUCCACUACAGCGGUGAUAGCAAGCAUUGCGUGACGGGUUCACUGGAUGGCAAAUUAAUUAUUUGGGACACCUUUACCGGCAACAAAGUGCAAGUAAUACCGCUGCGGUCUGCAUGGGUUAUGAGCGUCGCAUUUGCGCCUUCUGGUAACUUCGUUGCGUGCGGAGGUAUGGACAACAUGUGCACUGUUUACGAUGUGAAUAAUAGAGAUACUUCGGGAGCAGCGAAGAUGGUCAGAGAAUUGGCAGGCUACGAUGGUUUUCUAAGUUCUUGCAGAUUCCUAGAUGAUAAAACGCUCCUCACCGGAUCCGGCGAUAUGAAAAUAUGCAUGUGGGAUCUGGAAACUGGAAGAAAAACAACAGACUUUCAAGCGCAUAACGGAGAUGUUGUAUCGAUCAGUUUAUCUCCAGAUGGUAAGACGUACGUGACCGGAAGCGUAGAUAAAUCUUGCAGGCUUUGGGACAUUAGAGAAAAUAAACCGAAGCAAACUUUCUUCGGUCACUCAGCCGAUGUAAAUUCAGUUUGCUAUCAUCCAAGCGGUCAGGCUUUCGCCACUGGCUCAGAGGAUAAAUCGGCCAGACUUUUCGAUAUCCGAAGUGACCAACAAAUAGCGUUAUAUGAACCACCAAACAAAAACAGUGGAUUCACAAGUUGCGGAUUAUCCUUGAGCGGAAGAUUUAUUUUAUGCGGAUCUGAUGACAAUGAAGUGCACAUUUGGGAUACACUUAAAGUUCAGCAUAAUGGAACAUUGCAUGGCCACGAAAAUAGAGUUACGUCUCUUUCUGUGGCGCCGAACGGAAUGGCAGUUACAACCUGCAGUUGGGAUCAGCACGUUCGAGUCUGGGGCUAAAUAAGAUAAUCUUAAUUUCUAAAAGAAGUAGUGACACUUAUCAUUUAUUUUAUAUAAUACAGAUAUACUACUAUAUAUCAUUUUAUAUAUGCCUAGUCAAUCAUGUAACUUUUAGAAUCAUAUAAUAUUUAUUUCGUAGAUUUAUAGAUAAUUUAUAAUAAAAUAUGUUGGUUAUUAACACAUUAUAUAUUUAUAUAUGGCAGUUAAUACCUAUAAUACUUGGCUUCCUACAAAUAACUGAUGCAGCAUGUAUUUUGUAUCUUCUUUAAUUUGUAUAUUUUGACUAGGUUCGUGAAAUUACAAAGAUUAUAAUUAAUUUGAGAGAAAGCGUCAGAAAGACAAGAUAUAAAGAGAGUACUUGUAAUCACAAUUAUGAAUUAUUAUUCAUACAAUAAAAGUGGAUACCACGAUUUAAUGCUUUGAAA